UCCUUACAAUCUAGGUCAAUUAUCUUGUUUAAGGCGUUACGUGCUGUUCUCUCGCAUAACUUCAUCAAAGAGUCAUUCCUACCACCAUGCUACACAUCGGUCUGCUACUGUCAGUUCUACGCAUUAUCCUUGGAUAUGAAAACAUAGCUUUACGUAAACCAACCUAUCAAUCGUCAGCGUAUAGAAGUAAUAAGUAUGCAGAUGCUACAUACGACUCUAGUAAUGCUGUUGAUGGUCUGAGAAAUAAUCUAUCAGCCUUUGGAGGACAAUGUGCUAUAUCCGGAAGUAGACGCAACACAGCCACCUGGUGGGUAAACUUAACAUCUAUCCACAGUAUACACGACAUACGGGUAUAUUACAGGACGGAUAAUCUACCUUGGGGUCCUUUUAAUGGUUACACAAGACGUCUUUUGGGGUUCUAUGUUUAUGUUUCUAACACGACAGACAGACUUGGUGGUCAUUUAUGUUUCCAUGACACAAACAAUACAGCAGCUACGAUUCCAGCCGUUAUUGACAUACCGUGUCCUGUACAUGGACAAUUUGUCAUUUACUAUAACGAGAGACCAAAAAAUUCAACCUAUCACAGAGAGUACUCAUAUGAUGCACACGCUGAGUUAUGUGAAGUGGAGGUGAAUGGUUGCAAAAGAACAGGAGUCUAUGGACCGGACUGUUCCCUCCCUUGUCCCGAUGCCAACUGUCGUUAUUGUCACAUAGAGACAGGUGCGUGUCAGGGGUGUAAACCUGGAUACCAUGGACACCAGGGUGAAUUAGAAUGUGACGGGGGAACAUAUGGGCAGAAUUGUGGACAGAGAUGUGGAGCGUGUCUGGGAUUUAAACAAUGCCAUCACAUCAAUGGUUCUUGUCUUAAAGGGUGUGAUGCUGGAUAUGAGGGAACAUUUUGUAAAAACGAGUGUUCACGGGGUAAGUUUGGAAAUAACUGUCAACAAAACUGUAACGAAAACUGUGGUGAUCCCUUAAUGUGCAACAGAACGACAGGGGAGUGUGACGGGGGAUGUCAACCAGGCUGGAAGGGACCUCAUUGUUCAAAUACAUGUGAUGGUGGAUUUUAUGGUAAGAAUUGUAGCUUGCCAUGUGGUCACUGCCUGAAUUCAGCUCAAUGUCAACCACUAAGUGGAUCCUGUUGAAACGGAUGUGACGCAGGGUACCAAGGACCAUUAUGCAACGAAACGUGUAGCAAUGGAUGGUUUGGCAUGGAUUGUCUAGAACAAUGCGGCUACUGUAAGGGUAACGUACCAUGCAAUCACGUGACCGGAUCUUGUUUUGGGGUUUGUGAUUCUGGGUAUUCAGGAGAGAAAUGUACAGAUAACGUUUCUUCUCUUCUCCUUGCUAUCC